CCUCUUGGGCCACUACUUCUGGAUUCCGGGAGAUUUUAUCUGACUUCCGGGCAUCAGGGAGACACUAUUGAUAUGCGGGAGACUCCCGCGACGUCCGGGAGACUCGUUCCUCCUGAGGCGUCUCUGUUCCAGAAGGACUCUUCUUCUCCAGUGGUGUGUCAUGCUACAGGUUUCUUCCCCAAAGCAGUGAUGAUCUCCUGGCAGAAGGAUGGAGAGGAUCUGCAUGAGGACGUGGAGCUCAGAGAGACGCUACCCAACCAGGAUGGAACCUUCCAGAAGAGGAGCGUUCUGACCGUCUUACCUGAGGAGCUGAACAGGAAUCAGUACAGCAGUGUUGUUCAUCACAGCAGCCUGCAGGAGGAGAUGGUGCUACAGUUGUCUGUCAGGUCCCUGCAUGCAUUUUGCACACAAAGUUAUGCUCAUGGGUAAAAGGAAGUCUUUCGU